AUGUAUCUCAAAGAUGAUGACCUAGAUUCAUCUCACUACGUCUCUGCAUCUGGAAUGUUUAAUGAUUCUCUUUACAAAAGUAGCGGGGCAAAACUCAAACUCAUAAUAAAUAUAGAUAAAUAUUUAACGGUAGAAAAUAGCAUUCAAAUUCUAGGUAAGAUAAGUCCAGAGGAAGUACCAGAUAUCCAAAGUAUAUCACCAAAUGCAGAAAUAGGCUAUAUACUUGAAGUUGAUCUAGAAGCCCCAGUACACUUAUAUGAUUUCUUUGCAGAUUAUCCUUUAGUAUCAAAAAAGCAGAUAGUAUCAGAAAACUGGCUUAGUCUAUAUAACGAAAGAUUAGUGAAAGAUAAAGAAGAUGAGACAAAAGGAGAUCAAAUAGGUGAAUCAGUAUACUUAAAGCCAAAAAUGUAUUUAGUUCUUCUAGCAGGUCAUGAUCCUAAAAUUUCUAAUGAUCCUGAUUUAGAAGACCCUAAAAAGAAGCAUGGUAUCCAAAAGACAGUCAUAGUCAAGAUGUUUUCUAAUGAAGAGGCAUAUACUUUAAGGCUAGAAAAUUAUUGCAAAAGGUAUAUGGAUAAUGAUCUGUGUGCUAGCCUAGAGGAAUUAUAUAAGCUUUACUAUGAUAUAGCCAAGGAGGAGAAUCGCGAAAGGUUAAAUGAUAAAAUAGAAUAG